AUGCGACGGGCAGUCACCUUCCCUGUCCUGUCGAAGGCCUCCUGGCCUGAGGCUAUGGCAGGGCCCUCCGACUCAGCGGUCAGCUGCAGCCAAACACAGAACGGGCUCACUGGCUGCCGCGACCAAUCAACUGCGCCGUUCGUCAUCAACGCCGCUGCUCUCGCAGCAGCACUCGCUGCGGCACCGCCUGUCUUGGGCUGCUCAUACUCGCAGAGCAAAUGGCUUCUCGAGUCCGAGCGCCACGAACGCAUAGCCGUGGGGGGUCUAAACCAAAGUGCCAUCAUCCAAAGUCUGGACGAGAUGCUGCACAAUACCAGCCAGUGGCACUUCGAGACAAUCGCCAAUUACGUUCCCUUUUGUCCCCGUCACUCCGAAACGGGCGUUUUUGACACAUUUGAGGGCUUUCGCAAGAAGGCUGUCACUUGGCCGCGGUUCGAGAACGAACGGGCGGUGGAAGAGCUGGUGCGGCGUCAGCUCGAAGCUCACCGUCGUGAUAAGCAUGGGGUCAUUUCGGAGUAG